AUGAAUAUGAUGAGUCAAAAAGACAUUUGUGCUGGAGAGAGGAGCAAAGGAGGAGGGAAACUGGGACAGAGGUUGAAGUCACCAGCGAAUAAUCGUGGCGAUACUGAUGAUUUUCCCCAAGGCAGCAGUCAUAUUAACCAGGAAGGCAAAAGUCCAGCAAACUCCCAAAACCCCAGUCCAGCAAAUACACCUGGUCACCGCGGUGGAAGAACCCCAGAGCAGAUGGGCUCUCCGUCCUACUCCCCUCCACAGCUUAUACAAAGGUCUGUCUCUUCACCUGACAGUUUGCAGAGGCAGGCGAUGGUGAAUAACAUGUGGCAGGUUCAGAUGCAGCAGUUGCUCCAGCUCAAUGGAGGUCACCAGCAGGGCAUGCAGCAACUGCGCAGUCCUGCAGACAGUAAUCACUGGCAACAGGAUUGGUCCGGCCAGCGUGGUCAUCGCCACCCUCCCCAGGACAAUAGCAACCCAGGCAGAGAUCAACGGCAGGGCCACAGCGGGAACAACUAUGACCGGCAUCGGCGCGACAGCCAGCGAGGUGACUUCUAUCACCAUGAUGACCGCAGCGGAGGACACAACAGAAAUCACCCUCCUGAAAGACGGAGAGACUCUAGAGAGGGACGAUGGAAACACUUUUAAAAGCCAGCUUUAGUUGCAUUUUAGUUCUCCUGUAAACAUUUUUUUAAAUCAACUGUUUUAAUAACCUUUUGUUAUCUUCCAAGAUUUUUAAAUUUUCUAUUUUGUGAAUUGCAUCUUAAUGGUUUAAAAAAAAAAAGAAAGUUAGCAGUACAAAAGCACAUUUUUGACAUAAUGAAGUUAAGGCAUUUAGAUUGGAAGUUGUUUUUAAAGAUGCAAGAACAAAAAAAAAUACAAAACCAGUAAUAAAUUGGCCAUUUUGUGUGCUGGCCUGUUUUAAAUGUAUAUUUUGAUCUCGGGGACACCUAUGUUUAUGUAACUUUUAUUUUUAAGAAUGUCCUUUUUGAGAAAUAUUUCUGUAUGUACAACAACGAAAUGCAUGAAAGAACAAAAUAUGGUAGUUUUUUUUCCCCCUAGAAAUUUGUAAUUUCUCAGGAUUUCUCAUUUUGGAAAAUAGAAAACUAGUUUUCAGGUGCUUUUGAUGUUUAAAAAAAAAUUUUUUUUUUUCUUUUUUUUUUUUUUUUCAGAUUUGGUGUUUACUUUCUACAUUCCUCUUUUUGGGAUGAGAUUAGGAUGAUAUUGAUUAUUCAUCAAGACAGUCUUUGUAAACUUGGGAGCAAUAACUAGUUUUAAUACUUUGGUAAAUAUGCCAUUUUUAUUGUCAAGUGCAACAAUUGGUUUCAUAAAGUCACUGUUUACUGA